GUAAGAGAUGAGAGGAACAUGCUGAAGGUUAUUACUCGAAUGAACAGAAUUUCAAUGAUUCUGAAGUUACUUGUGGAACAGUUCUCAAUUUUGGAAACUAUGACUGCACUGGACUUCUUUGAUUUCAGAUACUACCUAAGCCCAGCCUCAGGUUUUCAGAGCCUGCAGUUUCGCUUGCUAGAGAACAAAAUUGGUGUUCCACAAAGUCUGAGAGUCCCUUAUAACAGAAGGCAUUAUCGUGAUAACUUCAAGGGACAGGAUUAUGAACUACUGCUUAAAUCAGAGCAAGAACCAACGCUGCUGCAACUUGUGGAGGCAUGGCUGGAAAGAACUCCAGGACUCAAUGCAGAAGGUUUCAAUUUCUGGGGACAAUUUGAAGUGAAUGUUCUAAAAGGUCUAGAAGAGGAAUUUGCAUUGGUGCAGGCCAAACCAGAAUCAGAAGAAAAAGAUGACUUAUUAUCUGAAUUCCAAAAACAGAAAGAUGUAUUACUUUCGUUGUUUGAUGAAAAACGCCAUGAACAUCUGCUUAGUAAAGGAGAAAGACGCCUGUCUUACAAAGCACUGAAGGGUGCCUUAAUGAUCUACUUCUACAGGGAGGAGCCUCGUUUUCAGGUUCCCUUUCAGCUUCUUACCUCCCUCAUGGAUAUCGAUGUCCUCAUGACCAAAUGGAGAUAUAACCAUGUCUGCAUGGUGCACAGGAUGAUUGGCAGCAAGGCUGGCACCGGAGGAUCAUCAGGCUACCAGUACUUGCGCUCAACAGUGAGUGACAGAUACAAGGUGUUUGUGGAUUUGUUCAAUCUUUCAACGUUUCUAGUGCCAAGACACUGGAUACCAAAGAUGAACCCAACCAUUCAUAAAUUCCUUUACAUGGCAGAAUACUGUGACAGCUCCUACUUCAGCAGCGACGACUCAGACUAG